AUGGCAGAGGCCGACAGAACUGCCCAGGCGGCAGCACAUCCACCACGAACAAAAGCGCGUCCCCCGCCCCCUCCGUUCUACCUCCCUCUGAACGCUACCUUGUAUCUUUGCCUUUUCAUCAAUGGCCUUGCGGCUCUGUUUGCGCCCAUUCAAGACUGUGAUGAAGUCUUUAAUUUUUGGGAGCCUGCGCAUUAUCUCGAACACGGAUAUGGCCUUCAGACAUGGGAGUACUCGCCCAUAUACUCCAUCCGAAGCUGGCUAUACGUAUCACUUCAUGCCGCGGUUGGAAAAGUAGGAUCACUAUUCGUUAACACCAAGGGGGCUGAAUUCUACAUGAUUCGAGUCUUUCUCGCGACUUUCUGUGCUGCCUGCCAGACAAGACUAUACUCCUCCAUCUGCCGUUCUGUGAAUCCCCGAAUUGGCCUCUUGUUUCUACUAGUCACUUUGUCCAGCCCCGGGGUGUUCCAUGCUUCAACUGCUUUCUUACCCUCGACAUUCACUAUGUAUACCUCGAUGCUUGGCCUCGCCUCCUUCCUGGACUUGAAGGGUGGUCGGUCCGUUGCGCAGGGGAUCAUGUGGUUCGGUCUGGGUUCAAUUGUGGGAUGGCCAUUUGCUGGUGCGCUAGUUCUACCUCUUCUAGCCGAAAAGCUUAUCUUUGGCUUCUUUGCUGGCACUGUGGGCUCGCUUUACUAUGCUGUCUUCGAUGGCGCUUUGAGGUGUCUCGCCAUUCUGGCCCUAGAAGUGGGGGUUGACUACAUGUUCUUCCGCAAGAUUGUAUUCGUCCCAUGGAAUAUUGUUGCAUAUAAUAUCUUCGGUGGUCAAGGGAGAGGCCCCGAAAUUUUUGGAACCGAGCCAUGGACGUUCUACAUCCGAAACUUGCUCCUGAACUUCAAUGUCUGGUUUGUAUUCGCGAUGUUGUCCGCUCCGCUUCUCCUCCUAUCGAUUUUGCGGACUGAAGCCACAUCCAUGCAGCGUCUGCGUUCGCUCACUCUACUCAUUAUGGCUGCACCGUUCUACAUGUGGUUCGGCAUCUUUACCAUCCAGCCUCACAAGGAGGAACGAUUCAUGUAUCCUGCAUACCCGUUCCUGGCCCUGAAUGCAGCUUUGUCUUUCCACUUGAUUCUCUCUUACGUCGGGUCCAGCAAUCCAAAUCAACUCAUCGGGCGUGUUCCCGCCAAGCUGAAGCUCAUUGCAGUUAUUUCUGUUGUUCUGCUGGCUGUUAAUGCUGGAAUGCUACGCAUCUUGGGGAUGGUGACAGCAUAUAACGCUCCUUUGAAGGUCUUGGAGCCUUUGCAGCAAGCAAACUUGGCGCAAGCAGGAAGCUCUGUAUGCUUCGGCAAGGAGUGGUAUCGUUUCCCAUCUUCGUACUUCCUCCCCCACGAUAUGCGAGCAAAGUUCAUCCGCAGUGAGUUCCGUGGUCUUCUCCCAGGCGACUUUCCCGACGCACCGAGCCUUUCCGCUCGUCUGGAUGGCGCAUCGAAAAUCCCUCAUGGUAUGAAUGAUCUCAAUAUCGAAGAUUCCAGCAAAUACAUCGAUAUCUCCCAAUGUUCUUUCCUCGUUGACUCUUACUUCCCUGGGCGGGAGUCAACUGAGCUAGAACCUCACUACAUCCACGACAGGGCGCAAUGGGAGACUCUGUCUUGCCAGAGCUUUCUUGACGCCUCCCAGACAGGGCUUUUAGGGCGGUUGAUCUGGAUCCCUGAUUUCCCAUUCAUUCCCCAACAAUUUCAACGCAAAUGGGGGCAGUACUGCCUUCUGCAGCGCCGCGAGGGUCUCGACCAUGUAGUGUUCAAAACCCGUCGAGGAGGUUCCCCACACAAUUAA